GAUGCGAUGCACCGACCUGGGCUAAAAUAGCGAAUUGAUGUACAGGAAAGGAGGAGACGAAGACGAGGUAAGAAACGCAAAGAGAAGUGCGAGAUGGAGGAGAAGACGAAUCCAGGAAUAAGCAGCGAUGCAAUGGAGAGCAUUUCGGAGAGGUUAUCGUCUUUGGAGAACCUUUACUUCCCUCGUGCUCUGCAAUCAACUGCCACCGACCCUUCUCAGCGGAAGGCCAUCUUUCUCGACCUUCUCUCUCGAGACGUCGCCCUUUUCUUAGAACGGUAUGGGUCUCAACUUACAAGUAAUGAACUGCACGAGUUUGAUGCGCUGAAAGGCGACUAUGAAAUCAAUUGGCAUUUGAAGCGUCUUUGGAGCAUAAUGAGCCCAACAUCGGAGGAGUUGAGGAUGAGGUCAGUGACAGUGAAGAACCGAAGGCGGGCUUACUUGGAUAAAUUGAUGUGCGAUGGGAACUACUUCUCGGAAGAUGCAAUGAGGGAGAGAGAGCCAUAUCUUCAUCACGAGUAUGUGGGGAGAUUUCAGGACCAAAGUGGCAGAGGCAUGGCAAGGCCUGGAGAACGUUGGUCGGAGACUUUGAUGAGGAGGUCAGAGGAAGCAUUCCUUGUUGCAAAAAUUAGAGGGGAACAGCAGAGGUUAGGUGUGGCUGAAAGGGACUGGAUUGGUAAUGAGAGUAUUCAGCAGGAGGAGGAGGAGGAGGAGGAUGAAGAAGUGAGAAAAGCUACUAGUGAUGGACAUCCUACGGCGACGCACUUAAAUCGCCCAGAUGAUCCAUCCGACCAAACAAGGGAGAAUGAGGAAUCAUCUUUAUCUCCAGAAGAAAUACAAGAUCGUUUGAAUCAAUUCACCUACAUAAUGCAGCAGAAGUUUUUGUUGGGAGAAGAUCAGGAACAUUUAGAUUACUCCAGGAUAGACAAUGAUGAGACCCUUGAUGAUCAUUGGCAGAAGGAAGCUAACGUUGAUGCAGAGGAGAAGUAUUUCGCUGAUGAUUAGACUGGUAAUCAGAUGUGCAGACAUUGCAUGUAUUUCAUUCAACAGAUCGUUACUUUUCACCGAGGACACCAACCAGAUGUUGAAGUUGUUUUCCAGGACAUCCCUCCUUCUGAGUAGAGAUAUUCUCCUUGAUGAGUUCUGUUUUGAGCGGCAUCAACAAGAUGUCGAUGCUAGCUAGCCUUUCACGUUUUUCGUGGUCUUUUUGUUUUGAAAAAAUCACUAAUAUGGUUUAUAUGUGUAAUUAUAAAGGUAAUAUUAUUAAGUGGAAAAUGGAUGUCAUCAGUCUCAGUUU